AUGCUGCCUGGCUCUGAAUGGCUGUCUCACCAGCUGGGACUUGCAGAGCUGGGGUCUGGAGUUUCCUUGGUCCUACUGCUGGUGUUCCUGGCAUUAAGUACUUGGAUGAUGUCUCAGGUCCUUACCUCUGUCCAUCAAUACUAUAUCAACUGCCAGCAUCUUCGAUGCUUCCCCCAGCCUCCUCUUCAGAACUGGUUCUUUGGCCACCUGGGGCUGAUUGAUUCAACUGAGGAAGGCCUGAUUCGUACUGUCCAGUUAGUGAGUACUUUCAGGAAAAUAUUUCUAAUCUGGAUGGGACCUUUUUACCCAUUGGUUAUACUCUGCCAUCCUGACUAUAUCCAACCUCUUACUUCAGCCUCAGUCAAUAUUGCACCCAAGGACAAACUUUUCUAUGGAUUUUUGGAGCCUUGGCUGGGGGAUGGGCUGCUGCUGAGUGGAGGAGACAAAUGGAGACAACACCGGCGCCUGCUGACCCCAGCUUUUCAUUUUAACAUCCUCAAGUCCUAUGUAAAGAUCUUCAACCAAUCUACAAACAUCAUGCAUGAGAAAUGGAAGCAUCUAUGUGCUGGGAGCAGUACCUACCUGGACAUGUUCGAGCACAUCAGCCUCAUGACCUUGGACAGCCUUCAGAAAUGCAUCUUUAGCCAUGACAGUGAUUGCCAGGGGAAGCCAAAUCCCUAUGUCUCAGCCAUUCUGGAGUUGAGUGCCCUCGUGGCAAGCCGCAACAAGCAGCUGCUCUUAUACUGGGAUGGUUUGUACUACCUCACCAGCCAGGGGAGGCGCUUCUCCCGGGCCUGCCACCUAGUACACAACUUCUCUGAUGCUGUCAUCCAGGCCCGGCACCGUGUCCUUGACAAAUAUGGUCCUGAGGCCUAUUUCAAUGACAAAGGCAAAGGCAAAACCAUGGACUUCAUAGACAUUCUACUGCUAGCCAAGGAUGAGGAUGGGAAGGCUCUGUCGGACAAAGACAUACAAGCAGAAGCUGACACCUUUAUGUUUAGAGGGUAUGACACAACUACAAGUGGUAUCUCCUGGGUUCUCUAUAACCUGGCCCAGCAUCAGGAACACCAGGAUCGUUGUCGACAGGAGAUACAGGAGCUCCUGAGGGGCCAUCAGCCAGAAGAGAUUGAAUGGGAUGAUCUGUCCCAGAUGCCCUUCUUAUCUAUGUGUAUCAAAGAGAGUCUGCGCCUGUACCCACCAGUUGUAACUGUCAUCCGCUGCUGUACCAAGGACAUUCAGCUGCCUGAUGGUCAUAUCAUCCCAAAAGGUGUUAGGUGUCUUGUCAACAUCUUUGGAACCCACCACAACCCAGCUGUGUGGACCAAACCUGAGGUCUUUGACCCAUAUCGCUUUGACUCCAACAACUCACAGAAGAUUUCACCACUGGCAUUUAUGCCCUUCUCAGCUGGACCCAGGAACUGCAUUGGGCAGAAUUUUGCCAUGUCAGAGAUGAAGGUUGUGCUGGCUCUCACCCUAUUACACUUCCGGGUCUUCUCAGACGGAUACUUACCUCAGAGGAAACCAGAACUGAUCCUCAGGGCAGAAGAUGGACUGUGGCUGAGGGUGGAGCCAAUUCUGGGUUCUUACAGCACUACGCCACACCUGGGCAAGAAGCCUCCCAGGAAUGAUGGAUAG